ACCAGCGCGCAGGAGGGUGUGUGUAUGAGUGAGUGAGUGUGUGUGUGUGUCCGUCCCUGACCAUUACACACAGAUACACGGGAUGAAGAUGAUGAGACUCUACUAGGACGGGUGGACCUUCUAGAUUGGAUACAUUUCGGGAUCGGACCUGAAUCAGCGUGUUUGCGCUCGGACUCCCCGUCUAUUAACCGGACACAUAUCUGCGUCUCUCUCUAUAAUGCCGACACAUAUGAGAUUCCGGAGAAGGUCAUUCCUCGGGCUUUUAUUUCUCUUCUCGCUCUCCACUUCUGCACUGUACUUCAUCUAUUCAGCUCCUGGCAUAGUUAAUGAGUACCUGUUCAUGGUUCAGGCCCGUGGAAUCCAGAUCCGUGAGAAUGUGAGGAACAUGGGAGCUCAGGUUCUUGAGCAGAUGGUCCGCAGUGCCUACAACACCACCGGCACAGACUAUACAUAUGAGUUUAACUUAAGUGAGACAGAUGUUCCCACCACUCCUUACCUCCCAGAGGGCUUCACAUACAUGCCUGAUCAGGUCUGCCCGGAGAAACUGCCCUCCAUGAAGGGCCAGCUGAAGGUGAACAUGAGUGAGUUCGCUCUAGAGGAGGUGGAGAAAUUUCUGAAGAAGGCAGAUCCAAGUCUGUCACGCGGGGGCCACUGGAAACCGCACGACUGUCUCCCACGCUGGAAGGUGGCCAUCUUGGUUCCUUUCCGUAAUCGCCAUGAGCACCUUCCCAUACUUUUCCGUCAUCUGAUCCCAGCACUGCAGAGGCAGAGACUGCAGUUCGGCUUCUAUGUCAUUGAACAGGCAGGGAAUGAACCGUUCAAUCGUGCCAUGCUGUUUAAUGUCGGUUUCAAAGAGGCCAUGAAGGACUUGAACUGGGAUUGUGUGAUAUUUCACGAUGUUGACCACAUUCUGGAAAAUGACCGCAACUACUAUGGAUGUGGUGAAAUGCCAAGACACUUUGCGGUCAAACUCAACAAGUACUCUUACAUGCUUCCGUAUGAGGAGUUCUUUGGUGGUGUGAGUGGGCUCACCGUGGAGCAGUACAGGAAGAUAAAUGGCUUUCCCAAUGCAUUCUGGGGCUGGGGAGGGGAAGACGACGACCUUUGGAACAGGGUUCAGUUUGCUGGCUACAAAGUGAGUCGGCCUCAUGGAGACAUUGGUCGUUACAUGUCUAUACCACACCACCACCGCGGGGAAGUCCAGUUUCUGGGCCGAUACAAGUUGCUCCGUAGAUCCAAGGAGAGACAGAGCCUGGACGGCCUGAAUAACUUGAAUUACUCCCCUCUAGUGUCCCGGAAGAGUCUGUACACUAAUGUGUCAUUGACGCUCAGUCGAGAGCUGGCCCCUGUCGCCGAUUACUGACAUCACACAAGGGACGGGCAAGAGAGACCCACACCACAUGCUACACCACCAUUUUUAUAAGUCAUUUUUUUAGGAAGGGGAGGGGAUUUCACAAAUCUUUUAAUACUCAGUGCAUUUUUUUUUUCUUUCAUUUUUAUAUAUAGUUUUUUUUUCUACUUAAUUUUUUAAGCUAAUUUGAUCACAUUUGUGUUUAUUUUCCUUUGUUACUCAUCAACUGUCUGUCUAUCAUGUGAAUGGAUCAGUUCUGGAAUCCAAAACCCCAACUGCAGGUUUACUCUCGUCGGACCAGUCAGAUCCGACAUGUGGUGUGUCUUCUAAUCAGACUUCGCCUGGGGGGGAAGUCGCAUGUUUACAGCAUGAAUGAGAAAAGCUAUUGAACAAGUUAAUGGCAAUUAUGCUAAACGACUUCAGAAUAGCCAUUGUAGGAGUUGAGGGACAUGCCCUUUUCUCUGCCAGAAACAAGCACAGCUGGUUCUGUGCAUUAGAAUAUAAACUAAUAAAUGCAGAUU